AUGGAGAAGUACAGAAAGGUUCCUAAGGACAAGGAGCCUAUUGGCUCCAACGAGAUCCGCAUUACUUCGGCAGGAAAAGUGAUGAACUACGUGGCGUACGCAGCACGACUUCUGACGGAGCAGAACAUGCGCAAAAUCACCAUCAAGGCAACAGGCAAUGCCAUCGCACGUGCCGUGACCUUGGCAGAAGUCCUGAAACGCCGCUUCAAGGGGCUUCACCAAAUCACAAAAUGUGGAAGCACGACGAUCACUGACGUGUAUGAACCAACUGAGGAAGGACUGGACAAGGUCAAGGAAGACCGCGUCGUUUCCUUCCUCGAAAUCACGCUCUCAUUCGACCUUCUGGAUCAGAAAGACCCCGGAUAUCAGGCCCCGAUCGAUGAGAGCCUCGUGAAGGAAAUGAAGCCCGAGGAAAUCACCAAAACCGGAGGCUUCCGCGAGCGCGGUGGAUUCCGCGGGGGUUACCGAGGUGGAUACCGCGGGGGAUACAGCCGGGGCGCCUACAGAGGAGGCGGCGACUUCCGUGGAGGCUACAACAGGGGAGGAUUCCGUGGCCGUGGAGGCUACAGAGGGGGACGUGGAGGUGACUACGAGGGGGAGUACAGGAAUGGUGACUAUGGAGCCGAGUAUAACAACGGCGAGUUCGGAAACGACUACAGCGGUGGCUAUAGAGGCAGGGGGCGAGGUCGCGGCUUCAGGGGAGGCGCGGUUGGUAGCUACCGCGGCGGCCGAGGACGACCGGAGUAG